GCGCUGAUUGACAGUUGGCGAACGACUGCGGACGGCGCAGGAUCUAAAACCGCGCUAGGCGCUGCUCUCCACGCUCGCUUCGGUCCGCACUUCUCUUACCCGUGGAUAUCUCUACCCGGUGCUUUUUCGUGGGGGAAGAACUCGAAACACGCAUAUUCCCGUGGCUGCCUUUGCCCGCCGGCCCGCGCGCACACCACACACAACAUAUACACCGACCUUCCACCUUCUGUCCGCCGGAGUUACGAGUGGCACACGCAGUAGUAGUUACGGUUAGGGAGGAGGGUCGCCCGCCGUCUCGCGGACAGCUCUCUCGCGCGUCACCUCUUCUCUCUCCUCAGCGUGCGUGACCGGUUGGUUGGUUGGUUCGCCUCGUUCGUUCGUUCGUUCGUUCGUACGUUCAGUAAUCGCCGUGAGGAGGAACGCGCUUCUUCUGUACACGGCUCGGUGGUGACGCGACUCUUUCGGUGUCGUCGAACGACGCGCUGUGUGCCCGCCGGUUCGGUUUUUUAUUUCGUCCAUUUCUGACCGACACGCGUCUCUCUCGCCCGUCGUCGAGCCGCGCGCCGAUACUCGACGAUUUUUCUAGGGUGAUCGUGUACGCGCGACGGACCACCCCCAUCGACCACCCCCGAAGCCCCCCUCGUGUGUGAUCAACCGUGUCGACGAAAACUAGAACGGCAACAUCGGGGAUCUAUCGGAGCGCGGGACGACCCGUCCGAGUGCACGCUAGUGGCAACGCCGCCUCCUCCGUCGCUCCAACAUUCGCUCCAGCAUUCGCACCGUGGCUCCCGACUCGGAGCAAUUCGAAGACCGCAUCCCCCGUCGAUCACGGAUUUAACGAGGGCACAGUGUGGACGGAGCACCGCCGUUUAACCGUGCCAGUGGAGCUCGACCCGACACCGGACACCACCCGCAGCCUGUGCUCUCCGCGUCUAUUCGCUACAAAGAAUUAAUCGAUCCGUCGCACGAGUUGCCCCGGUCCUCGGUGCGUGUUUACGCAUCUCGCCGAUAUCUCUCCACCAUUGUUCGAGACGCGCCGCGAUCGUCCGCGCUAUUAACGACGGCCACCGCGCGAACGUCGCGUAACGCGAACGUCGAAACGAAACGACACUGUUGACUUCGCGCCAAUCACGGGAAGGAUGUGAACCGUGCUCCGUCAGUGACCAUCGUCGGCAUAGGCCCUCUGGUGUUUUUUGUUUGUUUUUCCUUUUCGUUUCCGCGUUGGGAAUACAUAGUCCCCGUCUUCGUGUCCUCGCACUGUGCGCGAAUCACCCUUCGAUGCUCGAACGGCCAGUGGACUAAACGCAAAGAAGAGUAGAGGAGAUAUAAAGAGAGAAAAAGAGAGAGGGAAAGAGAGAGCGCAGCCUAGAUUCGUGAAUACAAGAUCUUCACCGUGAAUUCGUAGUGAUCGUAGUUCCGCGUUGUUCCGAGUUUGUUCAGUCCGUCGCUGAACGUUCGUCAGUCGAUACUUUCCGGUUUUCGAUUUGCGCGCGCUUCGACGUACAGUGGACAUCCAGACGCGUUCCGCGUGCACCGGUCGACCGAGAGGAAAAGGAAUCGUCGCGCAGCCAGCGAAGAAGAAGCAUAUGUCUGUAUGAGCGGCCACGUGCUCCACUGAACCGAAAAGAGAGCAUCGAGCGUAUGAUGUCGUCGUGGUACUGACAUUAUCGAGAGAGAGAGAGAGAGAGAGAGAGAGAGGCCAAGCUCCUCCCGUCUGGUCAGCGGAUACUUCCGGCGUGGUGACCGGGACGAUGAGGAAGCACGUGUGUCCGGCCGUAGCCGUGGUCCUCCUGCAACGUUCAAGCGCGCGUCCCGAACUCUGCUGACGCUCGCUUCGACUCUUCGCCGUGACAGCGUCUCGUCGCCGCCGCUCGACUCGGAUUCGGGAAUCGUCGAGGGCCGACGGAACACUCGAAUCCAUCGAAACAGUCGACCGCCAUCCAGUUCGCGCCAGGCCGCAGCCCUGCACGCCGUCGGCUGGUGAACUCCUUCGCGGUGGUUACCAUCGCCGCCGUCUCGGCCAUCGUCGACGUCUGCCAGCCGAGGACGAUCACCGACGGCCCUGGUGGUGCCAUCCUCCCCUUGUCCCCACGAUUCCUUCCGAACCCCGUGUCUCUCGGUCGACACCGACAGUGCAACGAGCAGGCUGAAUAAAAUACCGAGAUCAUCGCCGCGAUCAGGCGAAACAGUGAGCGCAAACGGUGUGUUAGUGAAGUGUUACUUGCUUUAUACUGUGGGAAAAUACAGCCGCUACGGUGGCUCAGCACGCAGAGUUCCCCGGCGCGGCCAGGGCGUUCAUGGCGCAGCCAAGGUACGACGAUGGCGGGCUGCACGGGGGUUACCUCGAGGGAGGAGGUGGUGGCGGCGGUGCAGGGCUGUACGAUCCUCACGGGAGCGCCAGAGGGGUGCCGGGCCUCCAUCACAGUCCACACCUGGGGGGUAUGGGACCAGCAGCACACCCGCAGUACCCACCACCCCCGCCGCAGCCGCCCCAACACGUCCUCGCGGCCGCGGCAGCGGCUGCCGCGUCCGCGGUGCCCGACGUACACAAACGCGACAAGGACGCGAUCUACGGACAUCCCCUAUUCCCGCUUCUCGCGCUAAUCUUCGAGAAGUGCGAGCUCGCAACGUGUACGCCGCGCGAGCCUGGCGUCGCCGGCGGAGACGUAUGCUCGUCUGAGAGCUUCAACGAGGACAUCGCUGUCUUCUCCAAACAGAUCAGACAAGAGAAACCAUACUACAUCGCGGAUCCGGAGGUGGACUCGCUGAUGGUCCAGGCGAUCCAGGUCCUCCGGUUUCACCUCCUCGAGCUCGAAAAGGUGCACGAACUCUGCGACAACUUCUGCCACCGGUACAUCAGCUGUUUGAAAGGCAAGAUGCCGAUUGACCUAGUGAUCGACGACAGAGAGAGUUCGAAACCGCCCGAGAUUGGGAACGGUCUGGACGGUGGCGGGCCGAGGAGCACCGCGGACAGCACCAGCCACACGGACGGAGCCAGCACGCCGGACGUCAGGCCACCCUCCUCGUCGCUCUCGUACCCCGGCGCGGGUGGCAACGACGAUGCUCGCAGCCCUGGCAGCGGGGGCACGCCUGGACCCCUCAGCCAACAAGCACCCACCAGCCUGGACUCCUCGGAUCCUGACGCCAUGGGUAAAUGGUGUCCGCGUAGGGAAUGGAGUUCUCCGCCGGACGCGCAACGAGCGGCGAGCGAGGCGCGCCGUGGUGUUCUUUACUCUUCCGUCUUCCUCGGUAGUCCCGGUGACGCGAGUAACGCGAGUAUCGGCAGCGGCGAGGGCACCGGCGAGGAAGACGACGAUUCGUCGGGUAAGAAGAACCAGAAGAAGCGGGGUAUCUUUCCCAAGGUCGCGACGAACAUCCUCAGGGCGUGGCUGUUUCAACACCUCACGCAUCCGUACCCUUCGGAAGACCAGAAGAAGCAGCUGGCUCAGGACACGGGGUUGACGAUCCUUCAAGUUAACAACUGGUUCAUCAACGCGAGGCGUAGAAUCGUCCAGCCGAUGAUCGACCAGAGCAAUCGAGCCGUGUUUCCACCAUUGUCCGCAGGUCCGAGCGGGGCAUACAGUCCGGAUGCGACGAUGGGCUACAUGAUGGACGGACAGGCGGCGGGCAUGAUGCACCGGCCGCCCGGUGAUCCCACCUUCCACAAUCAGUACCAUUACCCGCCAGAGUACUAUGGACAUCACUUAUAAAGCAGUAGUCGCGAGUGAAGGUAGACGAUGGAACGACGGUUCUUGCGGAACGGGAAACGUAGAAGCGUGACGGAAGCACCGUGCCCCGAGCGGCGAGGAACGGAUCGUCGGCUCGCGGGCAAUCAGCGGCGAAGGCACGAGAGGGAACCUCUUUCCCCGCGUCGAACGCCAGGACCCGUGCUGCCGGAUACUCGAGUGCCCAGGUGCGCGGGAUGCGGUGGAUUCACGAUGGCGUCGGUCCGGUCCACGUGGAAAAAGGAAGAAGAGUCGCACGUGUGCGUUCGAGCCGAAGGCUAACCGAACGUGCGACACGCGAAGACAAGAUCGCCGAAACGAACUGGAAGAAUCGAGGCAGAGGAAGGACAAGGGGAAGAGAGACGAAGGAAGAGACCGACCGGCCCGAGACGUCGAGCGCGAGAAACCGGAAAAGCGAGGAAGAUGGGUAUAGAAGAGCGCGGCUCGGCGGAACAGGACGAGAGGAGAGCCGCCGUGGAAAUUCAUGUGAUUGUUCUGUGUACAAAUGUCGCGGUGUAAUAUUGUAGUGAUCGAAGAAUUUAAAUGUUAAAUUUUAAUACGGUCGCGAUCGAGCUACGUUUACGAUAGAUGGAAGACAGGGAGGCGGAUUAACACGAGUGAUAUAGGUAAUUUAGCGCGGGUGUGUACAUUAAUGGAAAAGAAACGCGGGGGGUGGGGGGGGGGCGAUCGAGAGAAAAACGAAUGGGAGAAACGACGAAGCCGAUGCUCGCAGGGAUCCGUAGUAGAUAGGGAUGCGUCGAUUUCUGCCAGAGAGAUGCAACGAGGGAUGGACGAUGCAGGCUGGUCGAGGAACUGCGACAUGGAGGAUGAACCGAGUAUAUCUAUGCAUACGGUGCAUACGCGCGCGAGCACAGGCCGUGCGCAUCGACACCGUACGGUUUAUUAUAAAUAAAUAUAAAUAGAGAAAAGAAUUUUAGCGGCGCGACACGGGCCGCGGUUCGCGGUCGAACGCGGUGGACAUCGGUAACCCAUCCGAUCGCGGGGUCGACGCGGACCCGCUCGCGCAUACAAAAGAUGGUACAGAGGCAUCCGUCGCGGCCUGAAAACAAGGAACACGAGGCGAAAGGAACCAGGUGGGAUCGAGGUAACGUUUAGAGAAACGGGGAAUGGAAUCGACGCGUGUGUGCCGGACUCGAGCGUCGACCACAUUCACUUGCAUAUAAUUCUAUAGGUGACAUUGAAAUUUGUACAGUUAUUAAUGAUAAAUGAAUUUACUAAUUAAAGGAGGAAGUAAUUAUAUAUAAAUAUAUACAUAACUGAAGUAACACGUGGCCCCGGUUGUAAUAUAUAUAUAAGCGAGCGUUUUAAUUGGACUGCGGGAGGACGAUUAUUAUCUCGUGUGCGUUCCCGUAUUUCUCGGCAGGCGACUGUGUGUGUGCGUGUAUGCGUGUGUGCGUGUCUGCGCGCGUCUGUACACCUGCGAGUGUGCGUGAGGUGGUGGCCGCGUGGAAUCGGGAGGGAAACAACGCAAAUGAAAAUACGAGAGACGCAGUGCAAGAGAAACAGAAUGAUAGCGUGCGAGCGAGAGAGAGAGAGAGAGAGAGAGAGAGAGAGAGCGAGAGACAGAUUUCCUCCUCAUCCACCAAUUCCUCCCCAAAAGAGUACGAGUAUGCGUGAGAAAGAGAGAAUUAAUUAACACGCGAGUGACGGCGGUGAGGGACUAUAUAUAUAAAGAAAAAAAUAUAUAUAUAUAUAUAAAUAUAUAAAUAUAUAAAUACAAAAAUAUAGAUACCUGCGAGAGGAUCGGACGCUCUUCGUCGUCGGGUCACUCUAACCCCACCUGAACCGUUACACCAACACAGUGUCAGAUCUAAACGCAUAAAACACAUUCGAACACACACACACACACACACACACACACACGCCCACGAAGAGGAUAGAACAAGUGUACACGGAAGCGCGCGCGAAAAAGAGCGUUAUUAUCCCAGCCCCGUCUCCCACACCGUAACGAUAAUUAAAAGAACCUAAACGAUGAAAACAUACACACUCUGGGCAAAGGAGUACACGAUUACAGUUUAUUAUAUAAUAUAUUGUGUAUACAUAGUUAAUUGAGCCGCGGCGAGCGUCGACAGGGAGAGGGCGGACACGUUCGAUUGGAAGGGCGACACGGUAUUUCGCGAGCAAGCGCGCGCACCCAACACUCUUUCGCUCUCUCUCUCUCGCGCUCUCUCUCUCUCUCUCUCUCUCGUCUUUCCAUUUCUUCCCGUCGCUCCUUCUUUCCCUGUCCUGUGCCGUGACUCGACGCGACAAGCUCUGGGGAGGCGAAAGGGCUCGAUAAUAAAUGGAGAAACUACGGACCAGUCAGAACCUCGACACGCCAGAGGGUGAGAAUCGCGGGAGGCGAGAGUUAACGAGCACGAUCGAGAAGGACGUUUCUUUCUUUCCCUCUUUCCCUCCUUCGCGAUCUUUUCUUUCACCCUGGCCACCUCAUGCCGAAAGUCACAGACAGUUCGCUUAACAGAGGACAUCGUAUUUUUGCUUCUGCCGUUCGAAUCUGCUUUGGGCCUUCUCUUCUUUCUUCCAAUUGAUUUCAUGCAACUCGCAACGAAAGCAUCUUCUAUCUAAUAUUAGGUUGGCCAACAUGUCGUUGCCAAUAAGCCAACCUACUAGAAACAUCGGACAAAUUUAUAGGUACAAUCGGGUAGAGCGACAAAACAGUAAUCCGUCAAAAGGUUUCGAGCGCAAAAUGUUACGUGUACUCGCGGUAGAAUGCCGUCAAAAUUGCGAUCGAACGACACUCGUAGUAGAAAGAUCGGAAUUCAACGAAAUUUUCCGCGAUCUUCGCUAUCUACGCAGAGCGAACGACGUCAUUUGGCAGAGUUUCCAUCGGUUUCCGAGUAGAAUCUCGGGAAUCGGAUGAAAUUUCAGCGUCCGAAGGAUCUCUCGACGAAAUGGUCGAUCGGUCCACACAGCCGAUCGAAAUUUCGCCGAAUCCCGGAUUCGACGUCGCUCGUAAAAGAGCAAUUGGGCGUGCGCGAUCCUUGGUUGCGUACAGCUUGUAGAACAGAGCCGAAUCUGUUGAAAGUCGUUGGUCCACUUCCGUUUUCAUAUCCUGUAGAGCAUACUUUUCGCAGAACACUACGAUUCCGAACGUUACCAACACUUUCGUUCCUUCCAACAUCUUUCCCUAUCGCGAUUCAAAGUUGCUUCACGAUCGAAGACAUUGAGCUUUCGUCAGGGACGAAAGAAACGCAGGCCCCUUCGUUACGACACUCCACGGAGCAAAUAGCGUGUUUACCCCGAGAAAGGCUGGGUGAGUGCGAGAGCGAGAACGCGAGUAGGUUGAAAAUUUUCAUAAAAUUAGCCAUCGAUUAGAUGUCAGAGCCAAUCGUCGUGAAUGCACCCCUGAAGCGCGCGCGCGCGGCAAGUUCGAAACAACGGAUCCUUGGGAGAGUCGCGAAUCGCGACGGAUGAUCGGUCGUCGAUCGAGAGGCAACGAGGGAGGCAAUGGGACACGAGAGAAAGAGAGAGAGAGAGAGAGAGAGAGAGAGAGAGAGAGGAAUAGGGAGAGAGAAAGAGACAUCGUACGAGAGAGAGAGAGAGAGAGAGAGAGAGAGAGAGAGCGAGCGAGAAGCAGAGCGAGAGGUGAAUGAACGAGGCUGCGAGAAAGUGAACGAUCGAGAGAGACGCAGAGCAGACGAGAGAAAUUUUAUCGAUAUUUUCAAUACGCCCGCAUACACGCAGAUCUUCUAUAAAAAUUUUAAAUGUAAACACACUGCUCUUGUCGCGCGUCCUGCCGAUCAGAGAGGAACCGGGCCGCGAUCGUUUCCCGUCGAUGGGUCACGAGCGACGGAUCAAAAUGGCGGCGAGAAAUCGCCCGGGGGAACGAUCUCCUCCUCCGAUUCCUCUCGGGCCGGCGCAGCGGCGUAUUAGUAUACUGAAAGAAAAAAAAAAAGAUAAUCCACGUAUACCGAAAGACUCAGGUGCGAGAGAAGUCAGCUUUAGGUCCUGGUUAAUUGGAGAAAUCUCGGACACUCGUCGCGAGACGCGUCGCGACCGAUCAGAAUCGUUAAAAUCGGCUGCUGGAGCGCGCGUAAUUCGACCUCACGAGCGCGGCAAUCGAUUGUGCGAUCCUAUGCGCGAGUUCUCGAGCGAUCCCCGGUCGAGACGACGGCGAUCGAACCAUUUCCGUUUCUGUUGUUAUUUUCUCGGUUUUUCUUUGGAGCGAGUCACCGUGUUGGGCCGCGGUUGAAGUUUCUCGACGACCAAGCUGCCAGGAUACAUGGUAUACGCCGCGAGCGGACUGCGCGGGCAACCGAUCCGCGCCGCGGACCGUCCGCGGGACAUCGACGCGGAUACUUUUAAACGUUUUAAAACGCGACAGGCGGGCCUCGCCCGGGGCCCAUCUGAUUUUAAGGUGGACGCUUUUUACCACGGGGACCCAGAGAGUAUUUAUCCGCUCGGCCGCCACCAGCGGCGGCGUGUUCCGACUGCUAGAGAAUAUUUAAGAUCCGCGGACGAGUCCCGCUGCCUACGGACGGUUCCCCGCGCCCGAUGCUCGCUCUCGAGAACAAUCCUACUUCGCGAAUCGAGGAACAAA